UCAUUUGACAAAUGGCAUUUUUACAAGAGUGAAGAGAGAAAGUUACUAGUGCUGCGCCGUCAAAAAUUGUACCCUUAAAAAAAGUUAAAUGUCAACGUCAACGUCAUUGUCAAGCAACUAUUACAUUAAUUAUUAUUCGAGCAAAGCAUCAAGCGCUAUCAUUUAGAUCGAAAGAAUCGCUAAUUUACCAAUAUCAACAACACUUAACCAUUCUCUGUACCAUUUCAUAUUUGCUUAUUUAGUUUGGAAGUUCAUCGUCACUUGAGGAUAUUGAAACAUGGCUUUGGCACUACAGCGACGAGCAAACGUUCGCCUUCCACCUGAAGUCAACAGAGUUUUGUAUAUUCGAAACCUGCCAUACAAAAUCUCUGCCGAAGAAAUGUAUGAUAUUUUUGGAAAAUAUGGAGCAAUUAGGCAAAUCCGUGUAGGAAACACACCAGAAACCAGAGGUACUGCUUUUGUAGUGUAUGAAGAUAUAUUUGACGCAAAGAAUGCUUGUGACCAUCUCUCAGGUUUCAAUGUCUGCAACAGAUACUUGGUUGUAUUAUAUUACCGAUCCAACAAAGCUUUCAAGGGUAUGGAUAUUGAGAAGAAGCAAGAGGAAUUGGAUACUCUGAAGAAGAAAUAUGGCAUCUCAUCAGAAGAACUGCGAAAAUAAUUUUGUGUUUUUAGAUAAGUUUUCUAUUAUAAGGAGUAAGACAAUUAAAUUUAAUAUAAGACAAUAAAAUUAUUUCUUUCUUA